CUGCCUAGGGGCUCUUAAUGACAUCUCUGAUGUUCCUCCCAGAGCUAGAGUUAGGAAGUACAGAAGGUAGGUUCCUGGAGCUGAUUGGUCUGGAUUCCCAAGAAGAAUCUUAGAAAUGAGGGGGAAUGUUCGCCUCCAGCUGCCAAGACACACGCAGUGAAAGAUGGGAAUACCAGGUAGCCUGGAGAGGAGGCCCCUGUCCGCCCAGACCUAAACUUCCAAGAUGGGAGGGGGAAGCAAAAUUGUUCCUUUUGUGACCACCUUAAUCUCAGACUUAGGAGACAGAAGGAAGUGUGGGACGGCUCCACUCAUCCCGGAGGCUGUGGAGUGGCUGGAAGGAGAGACAGACGGGAGUGCAGUAACUGAGGGAUGUGAGAUCUGGUAGAGCUGGCUGGUCAGGGACUGGCAGGUGGAGCCAGUUUGAAGGCCUGGUUGCUGAUGUCAUCUGUCUGCAGCCUGGGGUACUGGGAUCUUCCUGGCAAAAACGAGUUCCAGGCCCAGAGACCAUUUCCACAAGGCCAAGCCUGCUGGGUACCACAAGUAAGCGAGCGUCUCCAGCUUCGAAAUAAAUCUGCCCUACAGGGCUGAGAGUGGAAGAGGAGCCCUUUUCUGUGCGCUCUGAACGCGCAAUGUGGCACGAGUCAGGUUGGUGUGGGGUUCAUCGCCGAAAACCUUCCAUUUUCACCUCAGCCCCAGGUCUGACAGGACUUGACCCGACCCCCCUCUUCAUCAGGAUCUCAGUUCCUAGAAAGGAGAAAGUCCCGCCCCUACUUGGGGACAACCCCCAGAGACUGGCCUCUUGACCGACAGGGGAUGAAGCAACCAUCCUACCCCUUUUCCCAGAAGCUCAGCCCCGCCCACCCUCCCCUCAUAAACCACUUACCCGGCCCGCCCUACACCUUCCACUCGCGUGGCUGCGUCCAGCCUGUUGGUCCCGUCCCAUACGCCCUGACCUGCUCCACCCGGGCUCGGGACCCAGUGGUGCCAUCCCAACACCGCUGCCAGGCACAAUGGAAGGUCCUCGCUCAGACACGGGCCGCUGGGGUUGGAACCCCUGGCAGCCCCCUACCACCCCGUCGCCGGAACCGGAGCCAGAGCCAGACAGACGCUCACGUUCCCGCCGAGGAGGAGGCCGCUCCUUCUGGGCUCGCUGCUGUGGCUGCUGCUCCUGCGGGAACAGAGCUGAUGAUGACUGGGGGCCUGAACCUUCUGGCUCCAGAAGCCGAGGGUCCAGCUCCCGGGGUGGCCGGAGACCUGAAUCUCGGGGCAGUGCUGUAAACGCAGCUGGAGAUGGCACCAUCCGAGAGGGAAUGCUGGUUGUGACGGGUGUGGAUCUACUGUGUUCACGCUCGGACCAGAACCGCCGUGAGCACCACACGGAUGAGUUUGAGUAUGAUGAGCUGAUUGUGCGCCGUGGGCAGCCCUUCCACAUGAUCCUCAUCCUGAACCGAGAAUAUGAGUCCUCUGAUCGCAUUGCCCUUGAACUUCUCAUCGGAAACAGUCCUGAGGUGGGCAAGGGUACCCACGUGAUCAUCCCGGUGGGCAGAGGGGGCAGUGAUGGCUGGAAGGCCCAAGUGACCAAGACCAGUGGACACAACGUAAACCUGCGCGUCCAUACCUCCCCUAACGCCAUCAUCGGCAAAUUUCAACUCACUGUCCGCACACGCUCUGAAGCUGGAGAGUUCCAGUUGCCCUUUGACCCCCGCAAUGAGAUCUACAUCCUCUUCAACCCCUGGUGCCCAGAGGACUUGGUGUACGUGGACCAUGAGGACUGGCGGCAAGAAUAUGUGCUUAAUGAGUCUGGAAGAAUCUACUAUGGGACAGAAGCACAGAUUGGCGAACGAACCUGGAAUUAUGGCCAGUUUGAUCAUGGGGUGCUGGAUGCCUGUCUGUACAUCCUGGAUCGGAGGGGAAUGCCAUAUGGAGGUCGUGGGGACCCAGUCAGUGUCUGCCGGGUCAUCUCUGCCAUGGUGAACUCCCUGGAUGACAACGGAGUCCUGAUUGGGAACUGGACUGGCGAUUACUCUCGAGGCACCAACCCCUCAGCGUGGGUGGGCAGCGUGGAGAUCCUGCUUAGCUACCUACGCACCGGCUAUUCUGUCCCCUAUGGCCAGUGCUGGGUCUUUGCUGGUGUUACCACCACAGUGCUGCGAUGCCUGGGCCUUGCUACCCGUACUGUCACCAACUUCAACUCGGCACACGACACAGACACGUCCCUCACCAUGGACAUCUACUUUGAUGAGAACAUGAAGCCUCUUGAGCAUCUGAACCACGAUUCUGUUUGGAAUUUCCAUGUGUGGAAUGACUGCUGGAUGAAGAGGCCAGAUCUGCCCUCAGGCUUUGACGGGUGGCAGGUUGUGGAUGCCACACCCCAGGAGACCAGCAGUGGCAUCUUCUGCUGUGGCCCCUGCUCCGUGGAGUCCAUCAAGAAUGGCUUAGUCUACAUGAAGUAUGACACACCCUUCAUUUUCGCCGAGGUUAACAGUGAUAAGGUGUACUGGCAGCGACAGGAUGAUGGCAGCUUCAAGAUUGUGUAUGUGGAGGAAAAAGCCAUUGGCACGCUCAUUGUCACAAAGGCAAUCAGCUCCAAUAUGCGGGAGGACAUCACACACAUCUAUAAGCACCCAGAAGGCUCAGAAGCAGAGCGGAGGGCUGUGGAGAAGGCUGCCGCCCAUGGCAGCAAGCCCAAUGUGUAUGCCACCCGGGACUCUGCUGAGGACGUGGCAAUGCAGGUGGAGGCACAGGAUGCUGUGAUGGGACAGGAUCUGGCAGUCUCUGUGGUGCUGACCAAUCGUGGCAGUAGCCGCCGUACUGUAAAGCUGCACCUCUACCUCUCUGUUACCUACUACACUGGUGUCACUGGGCCUACCUUCAAGGAGACCAAGAAGGAAGUGGCACUAGCCCCAGGAGCCUCGGACUCUGUGACCAUGCCUGUGAGCUACAAGGAAUACAGGGCCCACCUCGUGGACCAGGGGGCAAUGUUGCUCAAUGUCUCAGGUCACGUCAAGGAAAGUGGGCAGGUAUUAGCUAAGCAGCACACCUUCCGUUUGCGCACCCCAGACCUCUCUCUUACGUUACUGGGAGCAGCAGUAGUUGGCCAGGAAUGUGAAGUACAGAUCGUGUUCAAGAACCCCCUGCCCACCACCCUCACCAACGUCGUUUUCCGGCUUGAAGGUUCUGGGUUACAGAGACCCAAGGUCCUCAACGUUGGGGAUAUCGGGGGCAAUGAGACAGUCACACUACGCCAGACAUUCGUGCCUGUGCGGCCAGGCCCCCGCCAGCUCAUUGCCAGUCUGGACAGCCCACAGCUCUCCCAAGUCCAUGGUGUUAUCCAAGUGGACGUGGCCCCAGCCUCUGGAGGCAGUGGUUUCUCAGAUGCUGGAGGUGACAGUCGCCUAGAGGAGAGCAUACCAAUGGCAUCUCGAGGUGGAGCUUAGCCCUGGGCCAGGAGCCAUGGAACUGGAAUCAGAUGAACAAGGACAUUACCCCAACAUGGGGGACCACCACAAAGUAGCUCCCCAGGCUCAGGCAGGAAGGCUGGGGCACCUGGGGAGGCAGUUGACCUUCACUAUCACUAUCAGUGAUGAUAAUAAACUAUUGUUUCUUUUUUUUUU